GAACGCUGACAAGGCUUUACCAUCGACCACCACCUUCCGUGCGCGCACCUCUGUGCAUCCGUACAUACCAUCCCGAGUGUCCUUGUAUUGGCAGCGAGCCGUGUGAGGCAUUCUGAGAAAGCAUUUGCUCUACAACGUCUGGCCAUUUUUGCCCUCGAACAAGCAGUCACCAAUCGUACCACCGAGUCCUCACGUUUCGGCCUCCCCAUUGAGAUUGCACAUCGCAGCGCACCAAGUCCUACGCUCCUGGUUUCUCUAAGCUGCCGUGCUAUGUCGCUUUACCCACCUCCUCAGAGUCAGCCCUUUGGCCAAAUGCCUUACCCUGCGCCAGGGUACGGCCAGCCUAUGGCCGCUUACAGCUAUCCUCCUCCUGUGCAACCGGUCUAUCAUGUCGACCCCAACAUUUUCCGUCGGGAUUACAUGGCCCGUUUGGCUGAGCUCACGAUUAACUCUAGACCCAUAAUCCAGAAUUUGUCGAUGAUUGCGCAGGACUAUUCUCGUUUCGCGGAUAUCGUGGUUCAGUGCAUCGAGACGCAUAUACGUAGGGUCCUUCCGUCCAUGAAGUUGCCCGCGUUCUACCUGCUCGAUGCCAUCUCCAAGAAUGUCUAUGAGCCCUAUGCACGCCACUUCACUCCCAUCGUCGUCAAGCUCUUCCUUGAUACCUAUGAGCAAGUUGAUCAGACUACUCGCAGCAAGAUGGAAGAGAUGCUACUGACGUGGCGCACUGGUGCGCCAAAUGGGCGGGAGUUGUUUGGUGUCGUUCCGCAGGUUGCCAUUGAACGUCAAAUAUGGGGUGGGGAAUCCACGCAGAAUGCUUCUACAAAUCGGCAUUUUCAAGGCGUAGCCUCGAUUUCAACCGCACAAGUAUUAAGUGAAUUGGAGUUUGUCCUCAAUCAGAAGGAGCGCGCGACUCAGUCAAAUCCCUAUGACAAGGUCGCGCAGAACCACGUGGUUAUAUUGCAGCAGCUUCGCAAACUCGUGCAAGCAGGGGUAUCACAAGAUGAGCUCGGUCAGAUUCUGAACCAGUUGCGUACGUUGGCACAGCCAACGACUGCCCCUACUCCCCAGCUCCCUCCCGCUCCGUCUCCGCAGGUAUACGCUGCUCAGCCGUCAUAUCCAGCGUCAAUCCCAGCGCCUCAGAUGCCCAGUUUUCCACCUGCUAUCGAGCAAGCACCAUAUCAGCAGCAGACGUCGUAUGCUGGGUCGACGUAUGGAUUUCCGAAGGCUGAACCGGUCGAUCUCCAGAGUAUGCUAGCGCCUCAGCCAUCGCGUGUUCCUCCUCCUACUUCUACAUCUGUCCCUGCUCCGACUGGUACUCCUGUGAAUAACAUUGCGAGUCUCUACAAUGCGCUUCUGAAGGCCGGCGUAGUAUCAGCGACCGGUACGCCCACGGGCGCGGGCGCAACAGCUAAGAGUGAGGAGAAGUCGCUGUCGUCCGAUCCUAUAAAAGAUGCUGCCAGAGAGUACCGCAAGGCGGUCUUCUCACAUAAGAUCAAGCUGACAAGCGCGGGUAUUUCCAAACGUCGUUCGCAUAUUGUGCAGUUGCUAUAUCAGCGAUUGCCUGUACAGUGUAAGCAAUGUGGGAUUCGCUUCCCAGAUGGAACGGAGGGCAAGAAGAAGAUGGAAGAUCACCUUGACAUGCACUUUAGGCAGAAUAGGAGAGCGAGUCAGGCAGUGGGUCGCGGUCACAGUCGAAGCUGGUUCGUCAGUGUUGAGGAUUGGAUACAUGACGGUGCGAUUGAUAUAAAGGGCAAGUCUCGUGCCGGCGGUCGUACUUCGAGUAACAGUGCUGCAGCGGCCGCAGAGGUGGCCAAACGUGAGGCUGAGCUGCGGGCCCUUUUCGUUGUCGUGCCGCCUGGUGAUGAGGCGAAAUCGAUCUUCUGUCCUAUUUGUAAGGAGCUUCUGAAGUCAGAAUUCCUGGAAGACGACGAAGAGUGGGUGUGGCGAAACGCUGUCAAGCGAGAUGACAAGAUCUAUCAUGCGACCUGUCAUGCAGAGGCGACUGCGAAUAAGUCUACGCUCGCUAUACGCUUGCGGAAUGAAGUGUCGAGGAGUCGUAGUCGUUCUCAUACGCCUGAGAAGAGUGUGCGAUCACCGCCGCUGCUGCCUCUCCCUUUAAACGGGGAGGCAAAGAAGUCGGUAUCUCCUCCGCCCACGGGGACGAAACGUAAGGCUGAGGCUGAGGAUGCAACUCCUGCAGAAGGUAAGGGAGACACGCCGCCGACAAAAAAGCUGGCGGUAUAGGCGUGAUCGAUUCGAUACGGCGGACGUCACAGCUAUAGAAGGACCUUCGUGCACAUUUGCAUUUUUAUU